CGUGGAAGGCAGUGAUUAGAUUCCCUCAAGUGACAGGUUGUCAAAGCAGCAUUCAUACGACAUCGUUUAUUCCUUGUAAGCUGAAUCAAGAAGGAUGUCAACGGAAGUGUGUAGUUAUAAUAGUCUUGUAUGUAUAAGAAUCUGAAGCCGUGAUUGAUCAACUAUGAUUGAGUCAUUCUGUUAUAGUUAUUGAAGUUGGAGGUGAAUGUAAAGUGUAUGGUUGAAGUCUUCAAUCCAUUUAAAUGUUCAAACAAAUAGUAUUGAUAGUGGGUUCUUGGACUCACAAGAAGAUCGUCGAUCCUCUUCUCCAAAUCCUCCGCAGGGGUGUAGAGCCAAAACAGUUGGCAUUCUCUGGGGCUCUUGGUGUUACUUUGGGUCUCUUUCCCAUCUGCGGGGUUGCUGUAUUUCUAUGUGGGUUAGCUAUUGCAGUACUUGGAUCCUUGUGUCAUGCACCAACUGUGUUGUUGGUCAACUUCGUUGUUACUCCCAUUGAGCUGAGUUUGGUGAUUCCUUUCCUACGUUUAGGUGAAUAUGUGAGUGGUGGACCUCAUUUUGCUUUGACCUCAGAUGCAUUAAAGAAGGUCUUGACUGGUAAUGCUUCGUGGGAAGUCUUGCUGAGCAUUUACCAUGCGUUGUUGGGCUGGCUUGUUGCUGUACCAUUCAUCCUGGCAGGGGUUUAUAUAUUGUUUUUGCCAUGUUUUACAAUCUUGGUUUGUAAAUUCAGUAGCCUUCCACCAAGCACAAUCACUAGUGUUCCUUCAAGCCCCAAGAGAGCUGUUCCUCCACGCCCAAAAAACUUUGUUCAAACCCCUUACAAAAGUCAGGGUUUAAGUGAGGGAUGUUUAAUGGACAUUGAAAUCAAUGUAUUCUUAAAUGGUAAAUGAAACUUCAACGAUUCCUGCAUAUAUGUAAAUGUAUCAAGUUCAGAGGAGUUGACAUUGAAAACUGUCGCAAGUGGUAUCAAAAUUAUGUUCUCUUUCA